CCUUCAAACAGCAGCCACUUCGGGAGCAAUCGCGAGUUGACAGCAGCCGCCGCGAGAUCCGAGUCUUUCUCUUCCUCCAUCUCGCCUCUCAAGGCACCGUCACUCGGGUAACUAACGUAGCUUCUUUUCUAGAGCCGAGCAAGCAGAAACACUAUUUGCGACGAUGUGGAUCCAAGUGCGGACCAUGGACGGCGCCAAGUCGGUGCGCAUUGACGGCCUUUCGAAGAUCACAAAGGUGGAUGAUUUGCGGCUUCGUAUUCGCGAAGAAUUUGACGUUGAAACAGCUUUGCAGAGGCUAUUCUAUCGAGGGAAGCAGCUGGAAGAUGGAUAUACUUUAUUUGAUUAUGAUGUUGGAUUGAAUGAUAUUAUUCAGCUGCUAGUCAGGGUUGUUCCACCUGAUGUAACAGAAACAGCAUCUGCAAAUUCUUCGACUUCACCCAUAGAGAAUCAGAAGGAACCAGGCAUUCCUGAUAAAUCUUCAGGCUCCACAAAAAGCCAGUACUACAAGGUAGGCGAUCUGGUGGAUGCUCAGGAUCCCGAAAAUGGAGCUUGGUUUGAAGCCAAAAUAGUCAAAAUCACCCAAGCAGCAGAGACAUCUACACCUCCAGACACUGGAGAACAAACUAAUUUGGUGAAUGGUCAUGCGAGUGCAACAGAGGCAUCAAGCCAAAAACCAACAGCAAAGUCCCAGCCUUCGCCUUCAUGCUCUGCAGCAGAUAGACCAUCUAAGGAAUUGCAAAGAGCAUCUGCAAAAAGUUCCAUGGCAGAUGAUGGUUUACUUUACCAUGUUCAGUAUGAUGACUAUGAAGAUGAAGUGGCUGCAUUAAGUCUGAGCUGUGUCCGACCACGAGCCAAGAAGGUGAUCCCAUUUGCAGAUGUAAGCGUUGGGGAUCGACUUAUGGUCAAUUUCAAUGUUGAAGAGCCAUCGAACUUAGGCUUCUGGUAUGACUGCAUUGUGACCUCAAAGAAAUCAACUAGCACCGAGAAAGAACUGUGGGCCACCAUAUAUAUUGGGACAUCACAGACACCUUUGGAAAACUGUCGUCUCAUGUUCUGUGAUGAACUUUUUGCCAUAGAACCGCAUCCAGCUAUGAAUGCUGCAGACCGUCAAAAUUUCGAGCAUUCCCCUGCUAUACGUCGACGGCAGCCUGAAUGCAUACAUUGUGGUGACCAGCCAGAACGCCGCUGCCGUCACUGUGCGUGCUGUCGAUGUGGAAGUAAAAAAGAGCCUGAGCGGCAGCUACUUUGCGACGAAUGUGACCGGGCUUUUCACUUGGACUGCCUGGAGCCACCUUUAAAAGACCUGCCUGAGGAAGAAGACUGGUUUUGCCCAGACUGCAAGCACGAUCCAACAGAGGUUGUUCAGCCCGGGGAAGCAUUGAAGGAAUCCCGACGUAAAUCUCGGCUGCCCUCGGUGGUUGGUGAAGGCAAACGUGACUGGGGUCGUGGCAUGGCUUGUGUGGGACGCACGCGAGAGUGCACCUUGGUGCCAGCCAACCACUUUGGGCCUCUUCCUAACGUGCCUGUAGGUUCCAUGUGGAAAUUCCGACUUCAGGUGUCUGAAUCUGGCUGCCAUCGUCCACCAGUUGGAGGAAUUCAUGGCAGGGAGUCGGAUGGAGCCUACUCUAUUGUUCUUUCUGGAGGCUAUGAGGAUGACCAGGACGAUGGUGAGCAGUUUUUGUAUACAGGUAGUGGUGGCCGUGACCUGUCUGGAAACAAGCGCACUGCAGAGCAAUCUUGUGACCAAAAGCUGACCCGCAUGAACAUGUCUCUUGCACGAAACUGUGCGGCACCAAUAAAUGCUAAAAAUGGUGCCGAAGCAAAGAACUGGCGAGAUGGGAAGCCUGUACGAGUGAUAAGGAGCUUUAAAGGUCGAAAGCAUUCCAAAUAUUGUCCUGAAGAUGGCUACCGCUACGAUGGAAUAUACAAGCUGGUGAAGUACUGGCCUGAAAAGGGCAAGUCUGGUUUCCUUGUGUGGCGCUACUUGCUUCGAAGAGAUGACAAGAGUCCCGCUCCUUGGACAGCAGCUGGCAAGUUAGCUGCUGAGAAACUAGGUCUUUGCAUGCAGUAUCCCGACGGCUACCUGGAGUCUCAAGAUGGUGAUGCAAACAAUUCUGGCUCAGAGAAUGAUGCUACAGCUGCCAAAGGAAAAGGCAAACGGCCUAGAGUGAGCUCUGGUGAAGAUGCGCCUAUUUCGAAGAAGCGACGAGCCAGCAGUGGGCAGCUCAAAACUUGCUGGGCAUUAGAGGCAUCGGUGUGCAAGACAAUAGAAGCAGAUAAAUGUAACCAGCACCUUUGGAGUGAAUGCUUGGAAAUGACGUCAGCAGGCCGGGUGGCUUUUCUGGAUCGUGUUCAAACAGUGUUUACAUGUGUGUGCUGUCAAGAACUAGUCUGUCAUCCUGUGACGACACCCUGCAACCAUAACCUGUGCCAGAGCUGUUUGCAAAGGUCUUUCAAGGCUGAGGUGUUCAGCUGCCCAACCUGCCGCCAGGACCUGGGUAACACUUACACUCUCCUGGUCAACAAGUCCCUGCAGAAAACACUGCAGGCACUUCCAGGAUAUGAGAGUGGACGAUGAGUGUGCCUAUAGCAGGGCUCUACUUAUGCCUGCAUUAUAUCACUUACCUGUGCCAAGGGAGAUGGUUAAAUUUGAUCACACAUUUAUCAUCAUGCAUUUACUGUAAAGCAACAUGGAUGUCCAAACUUAGAAUAAUGAAAUCUGUCAGUUUGCUGUUUCUCACGGAAUCCUAUCUAGUGUUUUUAGAUGGGGAAUUUUAGGAUUAUGCUUGUGUCAAAAAGUGCUUUAUUGUAUCCUUGUUCUGUUUACAAACUUGUUUUUGUUACCAUGUUUCAAAAUUUUGAAUGUCUGUGUUGUACUCGGUGCGUGUCGGCUUACUAAAGUCAUGUUGUUUCAGUGUGUGUUUUCAAUGUGUGGUUGUGUGGGAGAAAACUCAUUGAUUAUCUUUUAUAUUUGUUUUAUUUGUAGCGUGCAUACCUGCCAAGUUGGGGAGACUCUCGGAUUUUGACCGUUUCUUGUUUGUGAGGUUGUCAUGAAAAUCUCCCGAAAAUCUAAAUUUGCGUGCAUGAUAAGAACGCAUUGACAAAAAAAGCAGCUCGAUUUGCUCCAGGCUUUUCGAACCUGCCUCAUAUUAUUAUAAAUGAGAAGAGGCGUUCAUCUAAACGUGCAGUAGAAUCACAGUGAUGUGAAACCGUGGCAGAUAAAAAUUCGUAAAAUUCCCCAGCCUAAUUCCACUAUGUUCAUUGGGCCUGAAUUCGAAUGUUCCGAACACAUUUUCUAAUUGCGGCGGGUGACACGAACAUUAGUAUGGAAACCGUCUAACGAAAGCCAAGAGCAGCGUGCUUGAAGCUUCAGAAGUACGUAUGCAACCACUACAGUUCGUGUGGUUGUCGUUGCCACAACCGCGCUUGUUCUUGGCACGAUCAUGUAUGGUGACGACGUAACUGACAGAACUCAAAAAGUGUACGCGUAUACAACACUUGACCAGUGAAAGCAGUGCUGCUUUCCGCAAACUCUGUGGACAAAACCACGGCGGUUGCCAUCAUAGUUAACAUAAAACGACUAAGUUUUGCCAGUGCAUGCAGUUUGAAAAGGGACUAUUAUUCGUUGCAACCACUGUUCCUGUUUAAAAAAAUCUAACAGUGAGAAAAGCUUUAACCUGCACUUUCACGGCAGCCAGCUGCGCCAUCACUUUUAUUCACGUGUGUCCUAAGAAGACAUAAGCAAGUUGUUUCGAUGGAAAUAGAUUUUGCUACUUCUUUUGAUGACGCGAAAUUUCGGUAUGAUUUGCGCUCCUAAUUUGCAACUCUCACCUUAGUGGGAAACCCUCCUCGUGUGUUUGGGCACUCCAAGCCAUUAUAAGGCUGCAAUGCUGACGCUUGCAGUUGUGACCCCCUCCCGCCCUGCUCUUGUUCUGGCGAUAUUUUUUACAGCAAAAGCUGUUAUCAGAUCACAACUCAGGUCACGCGCAGUUGAAAGCCGCCGCCGAUGUCUGUAACCACAUCGCGCGAAAUUAGAAAAAAAGACCUAGCAUCAAAGACACGGUGUGGCUCGAAAUCGAGGUCUGCUAGGUGUCAGCUCAGUAUUCUACCACUGAGCUAUGCCAGUUCUUGCGACUUGUUGGCAAAUGUAGCACUAAAGACACAAUG